AUGAUGGUAUCGUCCGCAGCUCGUAUGACCUCAGUCACACGGAACUUGAUGCGCAGUGUAGCCAAUGCUUGUCACAUUCGCCCAAUAAUAGGCAGCAGCAUUUGCUUGAAAAACUAUCCGGGUAGUGGACAGAAGAACCAUUCUGCAGCUCUGUUGUCUCAGGUUCGCUCGUUCCAGUCUUCCACGAUCCGUCGUGACAUUGAUUCUGCGGCCAAGUUUAUUGGGGCUGGCGCUGCUACGGUAGGAGUUGCCGGAUCAGGGGCCGGAAUCGGGACAGUGUUUGGAUCACUGAUUGUAGGAUAUGCUCGGAAUCCGUCACUCAAGCAACAACUGUUCUCAUACGCCAUCUUAGGGUUCGCCCUUUCCGAAGCCAUGGGCCUGUUCUGCCUCAUGAUGGCUUUCCUUCUGUUGUUUGCUUUCUAA